AUGUAGAGUUUUACAUUAAAAGGAUCUGUUGGUUCAUGUUAUAGUAAACUCAUCACCUUCAAUCAAUUUUGGUAGAAUUUAAAAGAACGAGGGUUAAUAUUAAUAGGGAAUGGAGGUAAAUAAUUUUUCUAAGGGUUAUUAAAUUAAAUGAUUGUUUUUAAUUAUUUAAUCGCUUGCCAAUGUAAUUAAUUUUUUUAAACGAAGCAUUGAUAGCCCUUAGAGGAUGA